UGAGCCUGGGACGAAUAUGGCGAGCAUCCUGGACGAAAACGGCGAUAGGGACAACUUUCAGGAAACCGAACGAAGUUCACCAGUUCGGGUCUCCGCAAGAUGGGGCCCCCAACAUGCAGGUGCUCAGGAGCUGGCGAAUUUAUAUUCACCAGGUAAGAGGUGCCAGGAGUGGAUCAGUGUUGUUCUUUGCUUUGCUCUCAUGGCCUUUAACUUCUUUCAUCUCCUCACCCACUUUCACUUGGGCCAUAUCUGGUACAUUCUCCUUGGGAUUGUGGCAGGAAUCUUAACAGCAGACUUUGCAUCUGGAUUGGUUCACUGGGGUGCUGACACAUGGGGGUCAGUGGAUCUGCCUAUCUUUGGAAAGGCCUUCAUCCGGCCAUUUCGCGAGCAUCACAUUGAUCCCACUGCUAUUACCCGGCAUGAUUUCAUUGAAACAAAUGGUGAUAAUUGCAUGAUAACGAUUGUUCCCUUGGCUAACAUGGCCUACAGCUUUCACACUUCAAGCCCAGUGGAUAUCUAUCAUGUGUACCCCUGGUACUGUUAUCUGUUUGCUCUGGCCAUCUUUGUGACUCUGACUAAUCAAAUCCAUAAGUGGUCACACACGUAUUUUGGGCUGCCACGCUGGGUCAUGUUCCUCCAGGACUUCCACAUCAUCCUCCCACGCAAACACCACAGAGUGCACCAUGUAGCACCUCAUGAGACUUACUUCUGCAUUACCACUGGCUGGUUGAACUACCCACUGGAGAAAUUUGGCUUCUGGAGGAGUCUGGAGGACAUAAUUCAGGGCCUUACGGGAGAGAAGCCCAGAUCUGAUGACCUAAAGUGGGCCCAGAAGACCCAAUAACCUGGCUUUGGUGCCACACCUCCCUUUCCUACCUCAGCCAUCUGCACAGGGGACAGGCCUUCAUCUCUCUUUUUUUUUUU